UGAUUUUCUGUCGUGACAGACAAUAAAGUGAUUCUGAUUCUAAUUCUUAUUCUGAUCCUUUCAGCAGGACACAAUCUCCAGUUUGAAGCUUCUUUUGUGUUUUGAAGGAUUAAAGCCACUGUAGGUAAACACUAAGAGAACAGGAACAAGAGGAAAAAGAGAAAAAACAGGAGAAAAAUAGAAAUUGUCAUGGCUUCCUCCAGCAGUGUCCUGUGUGAAGAUCAGCUCCAUUGCUCCAUCUGUCUGGAUGUGUUCACUGAUCCAGUCACGACUCCAUGUGGACACAACUUCUGUAUGAUCUGUCUCAAAGAGUUCUGGGACAGCAGUUCACACUGUCAGUGUCCAGUGUGUAAAACUAAUUUUGCCAAAAGACCAGAGCUAUGUGUGAAUAUGUUCAUCUCUGCCCUUGAUGCUCCGUUUAAGAAGGCAGUUCAGGUGAAAUCCAGCAGCACUGUGGAAAAUCCCACACGAUCUCUGGUGCCCUGUGAUGUCUGCUGUGAGAAGAAAUAUGCAGCCGUGAAGUCCUGCCUGAUCUGUAUGACGUCUUAUUGCAAGAUUCACUUGGAACGUCAUGAGAGAGUUUCUUCUUUAAAGAAACACAAACUGAUGGAUCCUGUGGAGAACCUGGAGGACUACACCUGCCAGAAACAUGAGAGACCCCUGGAAUGGUUCUGUAGAGAUGACCAGAUGUGUGUGUGUAAGUUCUGUAUUGAGAUAGAACACAGUACUCACAACACUGUUCGUAUAGAGGAGGAGAGUGGAGUGAAGAAGACUAAGUUGGGAAAGACUCAAACCGAAGUUCAACACAUGACCCAGGAGCGACUGACGAAGAUUGAGGAAAUCAAACACUCUAAAAACACAGAGAAAGAGAAAGCAGACAUGGUGGAGAUCUUCAGUUCUCUGAUGCGCUGCAUUGAGAGAAGCCAGGCUGAGCUGCUUAAGGUGAUGAAGGAGAAGCAGAAAGCAGCAGAGAUGCAGGCUGAAGAGUUCGUUAAAGAGCUGGAGCAGGAAAUCACUGAGCUAAAGAGGAGAAACACUGAGUUGGAGCAGCUGUCACACACUGAGGAUCACUUCCAUCUCCUACAGAUUUACCCGUCACUGUGCAGCCCUCCACACACCCAGGACUGGACUGGCAUCAAAAUUAAGUCUUAUCUGAGUGAGGAGACUCUGAGGAGAGCUCUGUCUCAACUUCAGGAAACUCUCAGUGAGCAACUGCAGAAGGUUGAAGAGGCUGAACUGAAGAGAAUUCAACAAUAUGCAGUGCAUGUGACUCUGGAUCCUGAUACAGCUCAUUCUAAACUCAUCCUGUCUGAUGAUCGGAAACAAGUGAAACAUGGACACAAGAGACAGAAUGUCCCUGAUAACCCAGAAAGGUUUAAUCAUUGUGUCUGUGUGCUGGGAAAGGAGGGAUUCUUCUCAGGGAGAUUUUACUAUGAGGUGCAGGUCAGAGGGAAGACUGCAUGGGAUUUAGGAGUGGCCAGAGAGUCCAUUAACAGGAAAGGGGAGAUUACAGCCAGUCAUGAAAAUGGUUACUGGUGUGUGUGUCUGAGGAAUGAGACUGAAUAUCAAGCUUGGGACUCUCCUCCUGUCUCCCUCUCCAUGAAACAAACUCCUAAGAAGGUGGGGGUGUUUGUGGAUUAUGAGGAGGGUCUGAUCUCCUUCUAUGAUGUUGAUGCAAAAUCUCACAUCUACUCUUUCACUGGUCAGAAUUUCACUGAGAAACUUUAUCCGUACUUCUGUCCCUGUCUCAAUGAUGGAGGCAAAAAUUCAGCACCACUGGUCAUCUGCUAAAAAAGCCAUUUUUGUCAACCUGGAAUGAGCAUGACUGAAUAGAGGAGGUGGUCUGAGACAGCACUUAUCAGCCACCUACAAUGCAGUCCUUGGCACACUUCCCAGAAGACUGAAUAUACAUUCAUACUGAGACUCAGCUGAAUUCAAUGACUCACAUGAUGGCAGAGAGAACCAGUAACCCUCAGAUCACACUAACAACCCUCUAGGCUGCUAACACCAUUCACACCUGGCCUCCAGUGAUCCGAACAACCUACAGGAUGACUGAGAGGGUUGAUGACCCAUGUGGCGUCAAUGACUCUCCUUCUGGUUGUUUUUGGUCCACUAGAGGAUAAAUACCUGAAACUCCCCACUGGUCAGACAGAACAGAAGAAGCCUUUCGGAUGAGAGGUGAAACAUCUUCAAAGAUUUCCAGCAAGUUCAGUUGCCUUCUUUAGCACCUAUGGAUCAUAGGCCAACUUUUCGAAAUUCCUUGG